AUGGCAUCAUGUUCACACGAGAAUAUCGUUCGAUUUUUGACAAGUUUUGUUUAUAAAACAGAAUUAUGGAUUGUGAUGGAUUUGCUAGAUGGUGGGAGUAUCAGACAAAUUAUUGAAAAGAGAAUACGAGAUAGGAACGAUUGGUAUCUUGGUGUAUUGGUUGAACGAGAAAUCGCGACGAUUAUGCGUGAAACUCUCAAAGGUCUUGAAUAUUUACACUCACAGCAGUAUAUUCAUCGAGAUAUUAAAGCUGGAAAUAUCAUGUGUAAGAUUGAUGGAAGUAUUCAAAUUGUUGAUUUCGGUGUUAGUGCUUUUCUCAUCGAUUCCUCAACGCGAGAAAAAGCACUUGCGCAUACAUUCGUUGGAACACCCUACUGGAUUGCACCGGAAAUGUUUUCGUCAGCUGGCUAUGAUAAUAAAGUUGAUAUAUGGGCUUUAGGCAUUGUUGGAAUUGAAUGUGCGACGGGACAUCCGCCUUAUUAUAAACGCUCAGCACAAGAAGUUUUUCGUAUCAUUUGUAAGGACACGAAAGGUCCGACACUCGAGUCAAACGCUGAACGUGAAGGACAGUACAUAAAAUAUGGAAAUGAAUUCCGUCAACUUCUUUUGACGAUGUUAGAACCAUCGGCAACAAGACGUCUCGAUGCCUCAGCUUUGCUACAAACCGAAUUUUUAACGAAAUUUGCGCAAGAGAAAAAAUUCGUUAUCGAACAUCUAAUAUUGAAAAUUCCAUUUGAAUGUAUCGAGCAACAAAUCGAUAUUGAUUUGCAGUGCGAUGACCUGAAAGAUCAAAUGCAAACAACAAUCAAAGAACACGGACUACAAACAGAAAAUACCAUUCUAGAUAACAUCAGAAAUUUCUUUCGACCGAUAUCACAGAAGUUGACACAGGAUAUCGAUCGGAAACUAGAUGCCAAUCUCGAUUCAAAAACAGUUAUCAAUCAAGAAUCAUCAAUCUUAAUGAAAUUGAAAAUAAAAGAACCAGGUCGUUUGGCAUUUUCCUUAAUUUCAUUCAAAUAUCAACCAAACAUCGAUCAUCCUGUCGAAGUUGCUCUAGAACUAGUCGCUGAAAAUCAUGUUUACGGACACGACUAUAUCUUAGUCGCCGCAAAUAUCGAUAAAGUACUUUCUCAUAAGAACAAAAUUCGAUUUACAUUGCAUAAAGUCGACGGCAAAGAAAAAGAACCGCCAUCAUACGCUGAAGUUUCUCUCGAAGAAACACCUUUGGUUGGCGUUAUCAACGGUCUUCCGUCCCACGAUUCCAUUCAUCAAACGGCCAUUUCUACCAAUGUAGAUCAGAAUAAUAUUCCAGCGACUUUCCCUUAA